AUGAGAGCGGCGGAAUUAUCGCGAUGUCAGCGAAAUAAACGCAAGCAGCAACUUCAAUUCAUGGAUAUGAAAGAGAUGAACAUAUACGAGAAUCGGAUUCUGAUGAAACAAUUCUUGAGAUAUGAGGAUAUCCAUUUCUACGAAUAUGGGAGUCAACGUUUUCAGGGUAAGGAUUCGGCAACUUCAGCAGGCGAGGGAACAUAUCUGAUAGAAGAUACAGAAAGCUUCAUCAUCAGCCUCAUGAUUUUGUAUGCAAAUAUAUGGAAGUCAUCUUCAAGUCUCCGAUUCAAAGCUCAUACAGCUUUCCUGGUGCUAACAAUCACUUCUGUCUAUUCAUUCUUCUUUGACAAAGUGGUGAAUGGGAAACCAGAUGCAUAUAGUCUCGUUUCAUGUGCUUCCUUUGCUAUCAUGUCACUCAGUUUGUCACGGCGAACUCAUUGCGGAGUUGAAAUUGAUCUUCUCUACUUCUUCCUCGGAUGUCUAAUUGUGCAGCUCAUGAAGAUUAGCUUGCAGUUACUCAUUCUUGGAGGAGGUUUCAGCUACUCCCUUAUUAUUCUUCGUUCUUCACUCUCUUCAACAGAUGAUGGAAUAGAAAACGAGUAUUUUGACCCGCAAGGUGAAAAUUCAGUUGUCCUUGAAAUGGAUUCAUUACUACUGGAACAGCUUAAAACUUGUAUGAAGGGAAUUGAAGAGGAGAAUUUGAAUCUUGUAGACAGGCUUAUGGAGCUCGUGAAGGAAUACAAUCUAGAUAAGAGUGAAUUACAUUUACUCGGUAAGUCUGAUUAUGUAAUGGAUUCUCUGUCAUCAAGAAAGAUCCAUAAUCUUAAUGAAAUAGUGAAGUUGAUGGUAGCAGCUGGUUAUAAGAAAGAGUGCUAUGAUGUGUAUAGCAGUUGGCGCAAGGUAUUCUUGAAGGUGUGUCUCAAAAGCGAAAUAUUUGGGUUGCCAAAGGAAAACAUCAAUUCCAUCCAUGAGUAUGAAAGAGAGAAAUAUUUAGAUAUUAUGUUUGGUAGAUGGAUGACUGCUUUGGAUGUAGCUAUGAUAAUCUUGUUUCCCAUUGAACAGAAACUCUGUAAUCGUGUCUUCUUGGGGUUUUCCUCGGCAGCUUCUAGUUUAUUCUUUGAGGUUUGCAAAGAAGCAACGUCUCAGCUGCUGUGUUUUGCAGAUACAAUUGCUUCUGGGAGCCCUACGAAAUGGCGUUUGUUCAAAAUGCUUCAAAUAUUCGGGCAUUUGGGUAAUCAUAUUCCAAGAUUCCAAUCUCUUUUCUUGGAUUCGACUUUACUGAACGAAGCAAUCGCAGUUAGGAAUAGAUUAGGAGAAGCUAGCAGGGAUCUUUUCAUGGAAAUGCAUAAUGUUAUUUUCGGAGUUCCUGCAGCAAAGGAAACUGUUCUGACUCACGGUCUUCACCGAAUUACUUUUGAGGUCAUGAGCUACGUGUCUCUUGCUUGCAUGUCGCGGAAAAAGUUGGAACAAAUUUUACAAGCAUACCCCAAGGUUGAUAAUCAAGUGGAAGCAUCUUCUUUAAUAUAUAAAAUAAAUAGCCUUUGA